GCAUCUGAUCCUGCCUGUAUCCCCACUCCCAGCUCCGUUUUACCCUCAGUUCUAAGCUCCUUGACACACCUGGUCAAGAGAACACCCUGAUGAGCAAAUGAAUUCCUCCGCAAUGAAUCUCUCACAGGUAAUUUUGUUUCUCCGGCCUGAUGAGAAUCCCAAAGAAACAUGAAUCUGGGCAAAUUCCGGGAUCAUGCAACCCAUUUCUUGCACCACCUACAUCGGCAAAAGCAAUUGGGAAGAGACACUGCAAGGGAGGGAAGGGUCCCGCUGGAGAAGUGGGGGAGGGCUAACUAGAGCAGGGGCAUGUCUUUGUGGUUAGGAAAAGCCUCCUUUCCAUCUCUGCAGUAUCCACUCCAGAAUUCUGACCUACUCCAGUCCCUACCUUCUCAGAGGACAUCGCGCCCCCCCACGUCUCCCCCAUCCCAAGCUUGAACUCUGUCUGGAAGGCAUCUGACACAGUAGCUGUAGAACCCGAGGAUGAUAGGCUCGUGGCUCGGGAAAGAACCCAAGCAGAACUGGAACAGAGCGCGGUGGGAUUCCCAGAUCGGUUGUCCGGGCCACCCCGGCCCCUAUCCUCUGUCCUGGGCCUCGGCGGACGCCUUGAGGGGGGCUAGAAAGCCAGGAGACACCAUGUUGGGGGGUUAGGAGAGGAUUCGGAUUCUUUCAUCUCCCAUUCGGCUUCGGGAAGCCGGACCCCGACCCCCAAAAGUCCCAAAGAAGAAGUGGGGGGUGUCCCGAAUCCCCAGGCUCCACGGCAGCGCCCCGCCCCUAUUCGCGGGGCGUGCCGGGAGAGGAAGUUCUCGGCCGAGUUGCGAGAACAGCCGAUCCGCAGGUCCAGACUACAAGUCCCAGAAUGCAUUGCACCCCGCAGCCGCGGGCGGGCCAUGGUUGCCCUUGGCAACAGUGCGGGUCUCCCUGGAGCCUGGACGAAGACGCUGUGGCCAGCCGGGGGAGGAAUCGAGAGCCACCAGAGAGAGGCAGAGACGCAGUUGGGGCGACGGAGGGGAGAGACAGGAGGAAACCGACAAGGACAACGUUCGGAGAGACCCUGCCAACCCCCAGACAGAGACGCACAGGGCAUUCCCAAGCCAGCGAGGAACAGAGACUGAAUCACAGAGAGACGUGGAGGAAGGGAGGGACCCCCCAGAGACGAGAAGGAGAGCCAGAGAGACAAAUAGAGUAGGUGAGGAAGGGACAAAGAUAGAGCUGGGGAGGAGAGGGAGAGAGAUCAACUUAAACAUUUAGAUAGAGACCCCCAGCGAUAGAGAGAAAGAGGUAAGCACGAACAGAGAGAGAUUCGUAGAGAUAGGAAGGGAGAGAGACAGACACUGAAGCAUCUGCAAAGACAUGGACACAGAGAGGAGGGGAGAGAAUCAGAGGGAAAUAGAAGAGGACGUAGAGAAAGAGACAGGGAGAGAGACAGAGAUUGCCUCUCAAAGAGAAAGACGCAGAGGGAGGGAGAGACAGAUUCACAGAAGCAGAACCAAAGAGACAGGGAGAGGAAGAGCUUCGGGGAGACAGAUGUGAAGGAUUUAUGAGACAGGAAGGGACAGAGGGAGACGGAUCCACUGUGAGACACAUAAGGAGUGAGAGACACACCCAGAUCCAGAGAGGGUCAUAGGAUGAGUGACAAACAUAAAUAGGGACACAGAGUGAAGAAAACAGAGAAAUGAAAGCAAAUUCUCAGACCAGGACAGGUACCCAGAUCCACCCAGAGAGACCGAGGGCCAAGAAUACUGAGAGAACAGAGGUCAAGGGAAAGACACACACAGAAGCAGACAUGGAUGGUCCAGUUCACAGAAGCCCAGAGAGAAAUCAAGACUCGGGUGGCAACAGAAAAAAAAGGGGGCUCUGAGGCAGAAGGUGGUCCACGAAGUCAAGAGCCACAAGUUCACAGCUCGCUUCUUCAAGCAACCAACCUUCUGCAGCCACUGCACUGACUUCAUAUGGGGGAUUGGAAAACAGGGCCUGCAGUGUCAAGUCUGCAGCUUUGUGGUUCACCGCCGAUGCCACGAAUUUGUGACCUUCGAGUGUCCAGGCGCUGGGAAGGGCCCCCAGACGGACGAUCCUCGGAACAAGCACAAGUUCCGUCUGCACAGCUACAGCAGCCCCACCUUCUGCGACCACUGCGGCUCCCUCCUUUACGGGCUGGUGCAUCAGGGCAUGAAAUGUUCCUGUUGCGAGAUGAACGUGCACCGGCGCUGUGUGCGCAGCGUGCCCUCUCUGUGCGGUGUGGACCACACCGAGCGCCGCGGGCGCCUGCAGCUGGAAAUCCGGGCUCCCACUUCAGAUGAGAUCCACAUCACGGUUGGUGAGGCCCGUAACCUCAUCCCAAUGGACCCCAAUGGUCUGUCUGACCCCUAUGUGAAACUGAAACUCAUCCCAGACCCUCGGAAUUUGACAAAACAGAAGACCCGGACCGUGAAAGCCACGCUAAACCCUGUGUGGAACGAGACCUUUGUGUUCAACCUGAAGCCAGGGGACGUGGAGCGCCGGCUUAGCGUGGAGGUGUGGGACUGGGACCGGACCUCCCGCAACGACUUCAUGGGUGCCAUGUCCUUCGGGGUCUCGGAGCUGCUCAAGGCACCAGUGGACGGCUGGUACAAGUUACUGAACCAGGAGGAGGGCGAAUAUUACAAUGUGCCAGUGGCUGAUGCUGACAACUGCAGCCUCCUCCAGAAGUUUGAGGCCUGUAACUACCCCCUGGAACUGUAUGAGAGGGUGCGGAUGGGUCCCUCAUCCUCUCCCAUCCCCUCCCCAUCCCCUAGUCCCACCGACUCCAAGCGCUGUUUCUUUGGGGCGACCCCUGGACGUCUGCACAUCUCGGACUUCAGCUUCCUCAUGGUUCUAGGAAAAGGCAGUUUUGGGAAGGUGAUGCUGGCGGAGCGCAGGGGCUCGGAUGAGCUCUAUGCCAUCAAGAUCCUGAAGAAAGACGUGAUUGUCCAGGAUGACGACGUGGACUGCACCCUGGUGGAGAAACGUGUGCUGGCCCUGGGGGGCCGAGGCCCCGGAGGCCGGCCUCACUUUCUCACCCAGCUUCACUCCACCUUCCAGACUCCGGAUCGCCUGUAUUUUGUGAUGGAGUACGUCACCGGGGGUGACUUGAUGUACCACAUUCAGCAGCUGGGCAAGUUCAAGGAGCCCCAUGCAGCGUUCUACGCUGCAGAAAUCGCCAUAGGCCUUUUCUUCCUUCACAACCAGGGCAUCAUCUACCGGGACCUGAAACUGGACAACGUGAUGCUGGAUGCUGAAGGACACAUCAAGAUCACUGACUUUGGCAUGUGCAAGGAGAACGUCUUCCCCGGGACCACCACUCGCACCUUCUGUGGGACCCCAGACUAUAUAGCCCCCGAGAUCAUUGCCUACCAGCCCUAUGGGAAGUCUGUCGACUGGUGGUCCUUUGGGGUCCUGCUGUAUGAGAUGUUGGCAGGCCAGCCCCCCUUUGAUGGGGAGGACGAGGAGGAGCUGUUUCAGGCCAUCAUGGAACAAACGGUCACCUACCCCAAGUCGCUGUCCCGCGAAGCUGUGGCCAUCUGCAAGGGGUUCCUAACCAAGCACCCAGCAAAGCGCCUGGGCUCAGGGCCAGAUGGAGAACCCACCAUCAGAGCUCAUGGCUUCUUCCGCUGGAUCGACUGGGAACGGCUGGAACGACUGGAGAUCGCCCCUCCGUUCAGACCCCGUCCAUGUGGCCGCAGCGGUGAGAACUUCGACAAGUUCUUCACGCGGGCGGCGCCAGCGCUGACGCCCCCAGACCGCCUAGUCCUGGCCAGCAUUGACCAAGCUGAUUUCCAAGGCUUCACUUAUGUCAACCCGGAUUUUGUGCACCCGGAUGCCCGCAGCCCCAUCAGCCCAGCACCUGUGCCCGUCAUGUAAUUUCACCUGCCGCCACUAGGUGUCCCCAUGGCUUCCUCAGCCGCGCCAGCCUUAGCCUGCCCUUCACCACCCUCUUUCCAAUUCUCGAUCUUGCUCCCAAGCGUUCUGGGUUCUACCCUACCCCCACCCCUGGGUUCUAGCUGCCUCUCUCAAGUGUUCCUGGCGUUCUGAACUCUACACAGUCUCUAGAGCCUUACCGUGUUAUAGAUUCUGCUGUGCUGAGCUCUAGAUUUUCGCCCUACACUGCUCCACCAAGUUCCAGAACCACCACCACCAUCCCAACUCCACGGGGUUCUAGACUCCAUUUGGUAGAAUCUAUGCCUCUCCUCCCCCCCCCCCUUUCUGGGAAAUAGUCUCAUGGGGUGGGCUGUUCCAGACUCAGAUUCCAGAACAACUCCCCACCUCCGAGGCCCCGCCUAGCUCCACUCUGUUCUGGAGUUAAGUGGGAGGCUGUGCCCCAUGCUCCAGUGCCCUUCCUCUAUGCUCUGAGGAUUCCUGGGAUGUAUGGAAGCUUCUUUCCCCAACUGUUCUCAGCUUUCGUCCUAGACUCCCCCAUCCUAAACCCAUCGCUGCAUGGCUCCAGUCCUGCUCGGAACCUCACCCUUACCCUACGCCUACCACUCUUGGCGACCCUCCCCACUCCCAAUCCUCUUUGCCUCUCCCACCUGGCCACAGCUGCUGGAGAAUAAAUUUGGGAUGCUGAUGCUGAA